CGUCACGCGCGGGGGCGGGGUUUGCAGCUUGGCCACGUGACCUCCAAGUUCCAAGUCUCACUUCCGGGGUGGCGGAUACUCACGGAAGACAUUGAAUACUCCGGAACGGCCAGUGUUUCGAUAUCGGAAAUCGAUGAAGCGGCAGAAUCGGAUGGGUCUUUUCCACUGCCGCACCACACUCUCGGCUCAUCACACUAUGGCCUCCUGAGAUCCCUUUUUUGUGGCCAGGAGCCUCAACUGCCCUACAUUCUGCAGAAGGCAACAUGCCAGAAAGCCAUUCCAGAUAUCAUAGAAUCAUAAAAGGGAGCUUCAGAGGGCAUCCAGCGGCAUCACGGAAGGCACCAGCCGAUCCCUCCUGACAGAGGGCCAUCCAGCCAUAGGGUAUUCCAUGAAUUCAAUGUUUAAUCCACGCAAAACUACAACUCCCAGGCGCCCCGGCUAUUCAAACAAACAGCAAGGCACGACGGGAAAUGGAGUCCGAUGUCACAGCUGGAAAGGGGAAAAUAGAGCCGCCUCGGCGCUCCCUCUAGCGGCGGCUUCGGGAAUGGGAAAAAGAGAGAGAGCGAGAAUGCCUAGGGCGGCCCCAGCGCCCAAAAGCGGAAGUUUACCCACAAGGGGGCGGAAGUGACGUUAAAAACAACUGGUGGAAGGCCAGCAUGAGCCCAUGGCAGGGGGCGAAGCCUGGGCCCCGGGGCCACUGCUGCUGCCGGACAGCCUCCUGGUGGAGAUCUUCCUCUUCCUGGGCCCCCGGGACCUGCUUUCGGCCGGAGCAUCCUGCCGGCAGUGGCACGCCGUGGCCCAGGACCAGACCCUCUGGAGGGAGCUCUUCUAUAGGCACUUCCACAUCCCAAGAGAUGUGCCUCGGCACCCAGGGGCCACUUCCUGGAGCGGGGAGUUCCGCCGCCUCUUCGAGGGGGUUCCCUGCCUGGAGACGCAGGCCCUGAAGGAGCACGGCGACCAAGUCCUGCACCUCAGCUUCUCCCAUAGCGGGGCCUUCUUUGCCUCCUGCUCCAAGGACUGCACCGCCAAGAUCUGGAGCACCGGCCCGGAGGAGAUCUCCCUCCAGCACAGCGCCAGCAUGAAGGAGUACAACUGGAGCUACACCCAGUUCUCCCAGUUCAACCCAGAUGACUCCUUGCUCCUCGUCUCAGGGGUCUUCCUAGGGCCACGGAACUCCUUUUCCGGGGAGAUCGCCGUCUUCAGCCUUGAGGACUUCUCCCUGGUGUCCCGGGUGCGGAACAAGCCCCCCGACCUCCUUGGCUGCUGGCUCAACGAGACCAACCUCCUCUCAGGGAACCUGCACCGCAUCGGCUUCCUGACCUCCUGCUCCGUCCUUUGGCUCAGCAACGCCUUCCAGGACAUCGAGUCGGAGAACACCAACGUGGUCAAGCGGCUCUUCAAGAUCCAGAACCUGAACGCCAGCGCCGUCCGGAAUGUGAUGCUCGUGGACUGCAGCCGCCACGAUUCCCCGGAUCUCUUACUGGACUGCAAAGGGGAAGCCUCCGAGGAGCCCAGGGUGGUUGACCUCUCUGGACACAGCCCAGAGGAAGGAGGGAGAGGCCGUUGGACGGAGGUGGCCGAAGGGGGAGCGGAGGGUGGCCUGAGCCGCUUCCUGGGCCUCUGUCCAGACUGGGCAGAGUUGGAGACUGAGGCCCAAGUGGCCCGGAUCCUGGCCCGGAGGAAGACCAAGCCACCCAAAGGCCACCUGACCUGCGCCGAAGGAGGAGGAGAGGCCAACAAGUACCUGGUCUUCACCACCGGAUGCCUCACCUACGUGCCCCACCAGAUCGGGAUCAAGCAGAUCCUGCCACACCAGAUGACCACGGCCGGUCCUGUCCUGGGAGAGGAGCAGCAGUCGGACCACUUCUUCGACUCGCUGGACCACGUCUUCGACAUCCAUGGGCAGAUCGUCGGGAUGGGGCUCUCCCCAGACCACCGGUACCUCUAUGUGAGCUGCCGGGCCUGGCCAGCGGGCUGCCUGCCCUGGGACCCCCUUCACCCACCCCCCGCCUCCCCCAAGGUGGACCUGCGCAUCCUGGACCUGCAGAACCUGAAGGAGGCCAAGCGCAGCCUCAGCGCCUACCGGGCUUCCACUCCCACCGGGCUGUGGCCCACCUGCACCUUCCUGGCCGUCAGCAAGGACUUUGUGGCCAGUGGGGCAGAGGGCAGCCACAGCUUCAUCUGGGACCGCCACUAUGACAUCUGCCUGGCGAAGCUGCGCCACGGAGAGGCGGUCCACGCGGUGGCCUUCAGCCCCACGGAGCAGGAGCUCCUGCUGACUGCUGGGGCCGACGGCGUCAUCCGGGUCUGGUGCUCACCCAGCAGGGUCCGGCAGCUACGGGCCGAGUGGCCCCUUGGACUGAACAGGCCUUAACCUCUGGACACUCCUUGCAAAGGAAACCCAACACAUUUUCCCUCCUGAUGUGCAAUGUGUGACGCUUUGUGCCACAGAUACCAAUAAAAGCUUUCCUCGAGUGCA